GUAUAGCGAAAUGAAGACAUUUGAGAAGAUGUUAAAACAACUAAAUUUGGAAACACUAUCCGUGGUGCUGAUUCUCUUUCUGGGGCUUCCAGGAACUACACGUGCAUGUCCUCACCCUUGUGCCUGUUACGUUCCCACUGAAGUUCAUUGCACAUUUCGGUCUCUAGCAGCUGUACCAACAAGAAUUUCUAAACAUGUGGAACGAAUCAAUUUGGGGUUUAACAGCAUACAGGCUAUAUCUGAAAAAUCAUUUGCAGGACUCACAAAGCUAGAACUGCUCAUGCUCCAUGGAAAUGACAUCCAAAAUAUACCCAAUGGUGCCUUAAAAGACCUGGCAUCACUACAGGUAUUCAAAAUAAGCUACAACAAGCUGCAGGUUGUAACAGGUCAAACCCUCCAAGGCCUCUCCAGCCUUAUGAGACUGCACAUUGACCACAACAGAAUUGAAUUCAUCCACCCAAAUGCUUUUAAUGGAUUAACUUCUCUCCGACUCCUCCAUUUGGAAGGAAACCUGCUCCGGCAGCUUCACCCCAACACAUUUUCCACAUUCCUGGUCCUUGAUUUUUUCAGGAUGUCCACAAUAAAGCACCUUUAUUUGUCUGAAAAUGCCCUUAGAACACUCCCUGUGGGCAUUUUCCAAAGAAUGCCACUCUUAGAGAAUGUUUAUCUUCAUGGGAACCCCUGGUCCUGUGACUGCAGGUUGAAAUGGCUCCUUGAAUGGAGUGCAAAAUCAGCAGGUGUCCUAAAGUGUAAAAAAGACAAAGCAUAUGAAGAAGGCCAACUUUGCCCAAAAUGCAGCUUCCCUAAGCAAUUUCAGAAACAAGAUAUUCAAACUGUGAAAGAUAUUUCCUGCACAAAGCCCAUCAUACAGUCUCCUCUGAAACAGAAUAUUAGUCUCAACGAGCAAGAGGAUGACGAUGAUGACAGCUCUGAGCUUCCCAUGGAAGAAUUUCAACUGACUCAAUGGAACAUUACUCUGAACAUGACUGAUGAGCAUGGAAAUAUAGUAAACCUGAAGUGUGAAAUAAAGAAACCAGCAGACUCUACCCAAAUUCAGUGGAACCAGAUCUCUCCCCAGGAAAUUGAAGUCAAUGCUACCAUUUCCCUGGAUCUGGAAUGCCUAAUGAACCGAGACAACUAUGAAAAAUUGUGGAAGCUUAUUGCUUAUUAUAGUGAAGUCCCCCUCAAGUUACAAAGGGAACAUGUGGUCAGCCAUGAACCAAAGUUAAGCUAUCAUUAUAGACAAGGUUCUGAUUAUGAUGCCCUUUACUACACAGGUGUCAAAGGGCGAAUCCUUGCAGAACCAGCCUGGGUGAUGCAACCAUUGAUCCAUAUCCAAUUAAACAGACACCAGAGCACUGGGAAAAAAGUAGUGCUCUCUUUCUCUACCCAGGUUUCUCAGAUGCUCCAACCUCAAGAAAACAGACAGCAGAGAAGCAGCUGGGUGAUGAUAGAGCAAGACCAGCACACCAGGACAGCUCAGAGUGUAGUGGAAAGUUCAACUACUCAGCUGAGUUGCAAUGUGAAAGCAUCAGAAAGUCCUUCCAUCAGAUGGAUGCUCCCAGAUGGGACCAAACUCAAAGCUCCAUUCAAAGGGGAAGACGGCAGGUUUUCUGUCCUCAGCAGUGGUCAGUUGGUCAUCCGAUCAGUUGCCUAUGCUGAUUCUGGAGUGUACUACUGUGUUGCCCAAGUGAGAGGUGACGUAGACACAAUGUCCUACAGAGUUCUGGUGCAGCCUCCAGUCAUUCAGCCAGCUGACUCCAGGACAACCAAUAUUGAAAAAAAUGUGGGGGAGUCCAUACUUUUGCCCUGCAGUGCAAUGGCUAUCCCAGAUGCACACCUAAGCUGGAUACUCCCAAACAGCCACGUUCUUCAUGAUUUCUCAAACUCCUCCAAUGGGUACCUGCUAGACAAUGGCACACUACUAAUUCCACACAGCCGUGCCAGUCACAGUGGGUACUACAGGUGUGUGGCUAUCAACCAGCAUGGAUCUGAUCAAUUUGCUGUUAAAGUAACAGUAAAUAAAAUGGUAUCUGACCGAUCCUCAAAAAGGGUGAAAUUAAAAAAGCAUCCUGGCUCAAACGCCCCCCAGAAAGCAAGGGGGCGCGUCAUAGAAGAUGACAGAGGUUCUGGUGCUGAAGAAAUUUAUGAUACUCCUAGCAAAAAAAUCCAUCUCAAGAACUAUGAAGUAUCUCUUAAACAAAAGAAUGACCAUGCUUCUCACCUUCAAUUUAAAAAGAACAAAAAAGGAAAGCGUAAAAUGAAAUUCUGGAAGGGCAUGGACAGGGCUGAAGAGAUCAAUGUUGCAGAGGGCCGUAGAGUAUUUGAAUCCCGACGGAGGAUAAAUAUGGCAAACAAGCAAAUUAAUCCACAGCAGUGGGCCAACAUUUUGGCAAAGGUUCGUGGAAAAAACCUUCCAAGAGUAACAACAGCCUCAGGGCUGUCCUUAAGGACUACAACUGAAACUCCAUUCAUGCAGCAGACCAGCAGAUCUCCUCUUCCUGCUGCCAGUCCUCCGCCUAAGACUACUAUAGAAAUCAAUGAAGAGUCUUCUGCAGAUGUGUCACAUCUGGGUGAGGCAGAGAUGUUCUCAACCACAGUUCUUCCUAUUAUCAACACAGAAAAUUAUAACAAAGACCAAGCAUCUUCUACAACAGUGAGUCCUGAGUCUCACCCUUCUGUAGAACAUGAAUCUUCAAACACAACAGGAAGCCCAUACGGUAUGGAAAUAUCUCUCACAAGUUAUACUCAGAUCUCUCCAACACAGUCUUGGGAUCACAGAAAUUUGGGGAGAGGUCAGCCAAAGGCAGCAGAACCAAGACACCUAGAUAGUUUCACCAGAGUGCCCACAAAUGAAGAAACAAUAAGCCUCUUUCCUUACAUUCAGAGCACUCUGACAACAGCAGAGAAAGGGGAGAAAGGCACACAGUAUGUAUUCUCCUCUUCCGAACUACCCAAAGUUUCUGCAAAAACUCAUAUCUCAGAAGACACAGAGGCAAAUAUUUGGCAGAAGAGUAUGAACACAGUAGAUAACACUGCAAUAAUUUCUACACAUUCUCAGAUCAACAACAAUCUGAAUUUAGAAGUCACGACUGCUGUUUUUCCUCCUGCUGCUUCAGUGAUGAAUCUGGUUCCCACAGAAAAUGGUAGCAUUGCACAUCAGCAAGUGAAAAUUUCUUCUGACCCCUUUGGGAAUUCGGACAGCAUGCAUGUUCAAAAACCAGAAUCCACUUCUACUGUAGAAAGUACCACUGCUCCAUUAGAAAAGAAAGACUGGCGAACAAUUGCUGCAACCACUAACAAGUUGACCACAGUGGUCAUGAUGACAGUACCUGAAAGAAAAGUAACCACCUCUAACCCAUCAGUUAUCCAAUAUCCCCGAAGGCGACCAUAUGGAAGAAGGAGAUUAAGACCAAAUCGGUUCAGGAGACCAAAGCCUAUUCUUCCAACUGCCUCUAGUAUAAAAGAAGAGCCUUUCAUUCAAAAAACACCUAAACUGGAAAUUGCCACACAAACUUUGCAACAUUCCACUUUUAAAAAUCAUCAGAAAUCUGAUGUUGAAACACCCCAUGCAAAUGAAUAUAAACCUUUGGAGGUGAAUUCUUCGUUAAUGACAAGUGUUCCUGCUUUACAAAUGACCACCAAGGUUCACAACAUUAAAGUAGAUUCAGUUGUUCAACUGACUACCUCGGUGCCCAAAACACCUCUUACUUAUACUACCAAGGACCUGAAAAGUCACAUGUUCACAUCAGCUCAUGAUUCACACUUUAGAGUUCCCAACAAACAGCUGAAUUUGUCUCACACCUCAGGACAUGCAGCAUCUACAGAAAAUGAAUUAGCCAAAAUCUUUGAAAGUAAUAUCAUUACAGCAAAUGAUGAAGUCACAGAGGCCCAUACAGCAAGCACUUCAGUAUUUGUAGGAAGUGCCACUAGUCCGUCUAACCUUAGUUACACAGGGAAUCCAAAAUUAGUAGCAGAAUCUCUUUCUAUUGAUGAAUUGCACAAUUCUUCAGAAUCUCUGCUAAUGACUACAUCUGCAACAAAUUUCCACCAAAGAGAAACAGUGACUUUACCUCACUAUGGGGCAACAGAUAAUCACCUUUUCACAUCUACAGAAACUAAACAAGUGAUAAAUCUUUGGCAAAGUAGAACAGACACAUCACUAUCUUCAACCCAUGCACUGGACAUGAUUGCUCAGGUACAUGAACAGCCUGUUGAGACUACUGAAUAUAGAACAGAAAAAUGGGAUUCCUCCAUUUUGACUGUUUCACCUGUUCCUUUGACCACCACUCUUCCCAGCUCAUUGCCUAGCAAUGUUAAUGUAUCCCAUCAUUCUUCUGCAAAGAAAAAUUACACGUAUCAUCAACUAGCACCCCCAGACAACAAAGGAUCCGUCCCUGAUAGCAGAGGAGCCAAAGUCACCUCAAGACAGAAUCAACUUUCCACUUCCCAUUUAAGCCACAACAAAAUCUCCACACAAGAAAAGCAAGAACAACUGAAGGAACCAUAUGAUGGCAGAUCAUUCAACAGCCUCUCAGGGAAACCCAAAAUUCCUAACCAGUCAAUUGGAAUGGUGCCCACUUUUAAUCAGCCACCUGCUCUGGCACCUCCAAAACACAUCCCUGUGAGAAGCACCCUGAAACCUCCAUAUGUUGUUGCACCAGGCCUUUUCCGUAACUUUGUGACUCAUCAGAUCCCUCUCCACCAUACCAAUAAACCAGAGAUAACUGCCUAUGCAGCACAUACAACACAGGACAGGAAAACCUCUUUUCGCCCAGAUACCUUUCCCUCCAUCACAACAGCUACACCAUUAUACAGGCCUAAGCUGCAUACUCCAAGCAGAUUUGGCAGCCAGACUGAAACCAGAUACAGCAUUCACUCCAGAGUGUUUGCCAACAACUACCUCCCUGAAAUCAGAGAUAAACCUGGGCGAACAGUAAAUCAAGCGAUACCUUAUCUUCCAAAUCCCAGAAUUCCAGUCCUGUUUAACAGAACCAGGGUAUUCCAACAUUUAGGAGUCAGCUCUAAACAACCUGUGCCUAAUCUGCAUACUCCAGUAAGCUCAAAUGAGAAGAAACUCCUCUCUCCAAUUAGGAUUAUAAUGCAAAGCAUUCCGCUAAAAGUCACAGCUACUCCAGUGCCUCCAGUGUCCUUGGGUACCACACCACCAGCCAUGCCUGCUUCUCCUACAGUUAACACUCUAAGAAUUAAACCUCAGGUGACUCCAACCAUGCAGCAAUCCUCCAGGAUCAUCCACUAUAAUAGUCCAAACAUGCUGUUUGUGCCUAAGCUAGGAGGAGUUCAGGCACUUAAUUCCAGCAGUAUUCAGCCUUCCACACAUUUCAGGAUGCAAGGAGAAAGGCCAAAGAUUAUAACAAAAAAAUCUAAUGUUGUAUCCAUCUUUGCUGAGUCAGAUGCUGUCAUCCCAUGUGAUGCCAUUGGAGAACCCAAGCCUUUCCUUUCUUGGAAGAAAAUCUCCACAGGAGCCCUGAUGACAGCCAAUACAAAGAUACAACGUUUUGAAGUCUUGAAAAAUGGUACAUUCAUUAUUCGCAAAGUUCAGCUUCAGGACCGUGGACAGUAUUUGUGCACUGCUCAGAACCUGCACGGUGCUGACAAAAUGAUUGUCUUGUUGACCGUCUUAGCCCAGCAGCCAAAAAUGCUGGUCUCCCGCUUCAGAGAUGUGACUGUUUAUUUUGGAGAGAAAGUGACCAUGGAUUGCCAAGCCAGUGGAAUUCCAACCCCACACAUUUCUUGGAUUUUUCCUGACAGGAAAAUAUUACAAACUGUGAGCACUACAGAGGGCAGGGUAAUGCUGUAUGAAAACAGAACCUUGUCCCUUAAGGACACAAACUUCUCAGAUCGGGGAGUUUACAAGUGUGUAGCCAGCAAUGCUGCAGGAGCUGAUAGUAUUGCUGUGAGACUUCACGUUGCUGCCUUGCCACCGAUUAUUCAACAGGAGAAACAAGAAAACAUUUCCCUCAAUGUUGGACAGAACAUUAACAUUCACUGCAGUGCCAAAGCAGCACCUCUGCCUGGAAUCCGUUGGCUGCUCUUCGAUGGAACUCAGAUCCGAACCUCCCAGUUUGUCCAUGGCAAUCUCUUUGUUUUCCCAAAUGGGACCCUGUACAUUCGCAAUGUCUUGCCCAAAGACAGCGGGAGCUAUGAAUGCAUUGCGACCAAUAUGGUGGGAACUUCCCGAAGAACUGUGUGGCUGCAUGUCAAGAAGCAGUCCACAAAUGCCAAGAUCACUGGGAGCUCUCCACAGAGAACGGAUGUAACGUAUGGCAGCACCCUGCAGCUAGACUGCACUGCAUCUGGCGACCCCUGGCCUUGGAUACUCUGGAGGCUUCCUUCAAAAAGGAUGGUCGAUUCCCUACACAGUUUGGACAGCAGAAUCAAGGCAUUUGGCAAUGGAACUUUGCUCAUCCAUUCUGUCACUGAUAAGGAUGCUGGAGAUUACUUAUGUGUGGCCCGCAAUAAGAUUGGUGAUGACUACGUAGUGCUCAAAGUAAAUGUGAUGAUGAAACCUGCCAAAAUUGAACACACAAAUGAGAAUAACCGGAAAGUGAUGUAUGGAGGAGACCUAAAAGUUGACUGCAUAGCCACAGGUCUGCCAAAUCCAGAGAUCUCCUGGAGUCUUCCAGAUGGCAGCAUGAUCAACACCUUCAUGCAGUCCGAUGACAGUGGAAGUCGAGCAAAGAGGUAUGUGGUAUUCAACAAUGGGACAUUGUACUUCAAUGAUGUCGGACUGAGAGAAGAAGGGGACUACACCUGUUAUGCCGAGAACCAGAUUGGCAAAGAUGAGAUGAAAGUGCGAGUCAAAGUUGUGGCUGAACCUGCCACCAUUAGGAAUAAAACCUACACAACAAUUGACAUUCCAUAUGGGGAUGUGGUGUCUGUAGGCUGUGAAGCAAAAGGAGAGCCUACACCAAAAGUCACCUGGUUGUCUCCAAGCAACAGGGCUAUCCCACUGCUGUCAGAUAAAUAUCAGGUGUACAGAGAUGGGACACUUCUCAUACAGAAGGUCCAAAGGUCUGACAGUGGCAACUAUACCUGUGUAGCCCGGAACAGUGCUGGGGAAGACCGAAAAAAUGUCUGGAUCCGGGUCAAUGUUCAACCUCCAAGAAUAAAUGGGCAUCCCAGCACUAUCACGUCCAUGAGAGAAAUGGCUCUGAGAGACGGCCGAAAACUGAUUGACUGUAAAGCAGAAGGCAUCCCAUCUCCACGGGUCAUGUGGGCUUUCCCUGAAGGAGUGAUCCUGCCUGCCCCGUACUAUGGGAGCAGAAUCACUGUGCACCGUAAUGGCACUCUUGAUAUUCGUGGAGUGAGGCAGACCGACUCAGUGCAGCUGGUGUGCAUUGGCAGGAAUGAAGGGGGAGAGGCCAGGCUUAUUGUGCAACUGCAAGUCAUGGACCACUUGGAAAAGCCCACCUUCAGGGAUCCUGUCACUGAAAGGAUUACUGCCACAGCUGGCCACAGCAUCAACCUGAACUGUUCUGUUAAUGGGAUGCCACAACCCAGCACUGCCUGGAUCCUCCCCAAUGGCACAGAACUGCAGAAAGGCAGCCAUCUGCACAGGUUUUACCACAAGAAGGAUGGGAUCCUGCACAUCAGUGCCCUCUCAGCAGUAGAUGCUGGGACCUACCGCUGCACAGCCCGGAACCCAGGUGGCUAUGCUGAGAGGGUGGUCUUCCUUCAGGUAGGGAUGAAGCCGGAGAUCAGCAAUCAGUAUAACAACCUCGUGAGCAUUAUCAAUGGGGAGACCCUCCAGCUCCACUGCAUCACCCAGCCCAGCCAACGCGCCCGUGUCACCUGGACGCUGCCCAACGGGAUGGUCUUAGAUGGUCCCCAAGCUGUUGGGCGAUUCUCCCUGUCUGGGAAUGGCUCUCUCACUGUGCGUGAAGCCUCUGUAUUUGACCGAGGUACCUACCUAUGCAAGGCCGUGACAGAGUAUGGCUCUUCCCUUAUGAAUGUCCCGGUGAUUGUAAUUGCCUACCCCCCACGCAUCACAAGUGAGCCAGCUCCCGUCAUUUACACCAGGCCAGGCAAUACCGUGAAGCUGAACUGCAUGGCCAUUGGAAUCCCUAAAGCAGAAGUAACAUGGGAACUCCCAGACAAAUCACAUCUGACAACAGGAGCUCAGUCCCGUCUGUAUGGAAACAAAUUCCUUCACCCUCAGGGCUCACUAAUCAUCCAGCAGGCUACACAAAGGGAUGCAGGCUUCUACAAAUGCACAGCUAAAAAUAUACUAGGCAGUGAUUCAAAAGCAACCUACGUACACAUAUUCUAA